AUGUCAUACGGCAAGGUGACCGUGAGCUACGGCUCCAACACAAGCUUUUCCUCCUCCAAGACUGACUCGACAUACAAUUCCUACACAUCGCACUCUUCCGGAACUCCCAGAUAUGACGACCCCAAGGUCAGGCACUCGAGCUACUUUGAUCCUACAGCCGAGUCCUACAGAGUCGACUAUGUCGAUCGCACCAAGAAGUCUGGCGACGUUGUGACUGUGGUCAACCACCACAAGCGCCACUACAACCCGUCUGAUCCCAGCCCCAGCUACUCCUCCUCUUCCCACAAGACCGGAUAG